ACCGCACGGUGUCAGUACCGGUUCAAUCCCAGCGCAGAGACAGUCAGAGGCGGAGUUGGACGUUGGAGCUGUAGCGUUACGACUUGUCCACAGAUGUGUGACCGCGUCGGCUCCGUGUGACUUCUGUCCAGUGGGAAUGGUCGAGUCCAGUUAACUUCAGUGUGUGUGUGUGUGUCUGACAGUGUGUGUGAUGGCAGAGCUCCCGUCUGGACUGCUGGAGGCAUGUGUAGUGGUUGGAGCGCCCAGUGAUAAGCUUCGAGACAUAUACCAGCUUCGUCUGCAGAGUAAGUCAGAUGAAAUCCCUCUGUUGGAAGCAGAGGUACUGCAGGUCCAUGCCCCGCCUUUUGUUUCCAAGGAGACCAACUCCAGCCAGUUUAUUGGACCAGCUUUCAGUCGUGUCCAGAGGAGGAGGAGCUUUAUCAAAAAGAAGAGGCGAGAUCGUGCUGCAGAGGGGUCGCCUGGCGGAGAAACAAGCAAUCGUACUGAAGCAUCCUCACCAACAGAGGACAUCAGUGUCCCAAAGGAUCUGGACCUCAUCGCGUUGCCACAGCUCUGUUUCCCUGGUGGUCUUCAGUUAGCCAAUGAGCAGAGAGAAGACAGUUAUCACUUCUUGGUUUUUACCGACCUGUUUGGGAACCGAACCCAUGGAGUUGUCGUGCAAUACUACAGAGCUGUGCAGUCCUGUCAGGAAGGUGCUAUCCAGAAUGGCCACAGGGGGAAUUCGUCAAAGUCCCGCCUCUAUACACCUUUUGCUGUGUGUAUCAUCUCCAAGUUCCGCUAUUACAAUGCUCUGAAAGACUGCUUGUCAUGUCUCCUGGUUCUGUUGCGGCCUACGAGACAAGCUGACUUUGAGGACACCAUAAAGGAAUUUUCCGCCAAGCUGUCCCUGGUCCCUUUACCACCACCUGGACAGCUACAUGUGUCCUUCAACCUCCGUCCCAUCCACGUGGUUCUUCCAUCAAGGGAGGAUAAGGACAGUCCUAUUAUCGACAUCGACCUGCAUCUUCCUUUCCUCUGUUUCCCGCACGCAACACUGCUCCAGGUCCUUUCCUUCCUCCUUCAAGAGCAGAGGCUGGUAUUAUUCUCUGCUGACUGGGCCAGACUUACUCUGGUAGCGGAGAGUUUGCUUUUGUACCUGCAGCCUCUGUCCUGGCAGCAGCCUUAUGUUCCUGUCUUGGCGAGAGGAAUGCUGGACUUCCUCAUGGCUCCCACAGCCUUCCUGAUGGGCUGUCACAUCAGUCAUUUUGAAGAGGUCGCUGCAGAGACAGAGGAGCUAAUUCUGGUGAAUGUUGAUGAUGGCAUCAUUCAGUCGUCAUGGUCUGAAACCAUUGACCUACCAGCUAUCCCUGUGGCUGCAGCUGAGAGCUUUAUGUCAAGGGCAGAGGGUCUCCAGCUUCACUAUGACCUGGAGCUGUGUCAUCUUGGAGCGGGCACGGAUGCCAACGCACUGCGAUGCCAACGCAGAGACUGGCAGACACGCCUCAACACACAGAUACAAAACAUCGCUAUGGAACUCAUGGUCAACAUCUUCAGAGGCGUCCAGGACUUUCUAAACCAUGAACACAGAGUUUUCAACAGCGAGGAGUUUCUGAGGACCCGGGAACCAGCAGACCAGCUCUUUUACAAGAAGGUAUUGGACACUCAUAUCUUCCACUCAUUCCUGCGAGACAGGCUGAAUAGGAAACAGGACGCCUUCAGCCGCAUGGAGCAGAACACGCGUAACCAUGCACACAAGAAUCGUGCGAUGACGGAGUCUCCUCGGCGUCCUCUCCUGUCAGAUCUAUCCAGGAGUGGCUACAGCAGCUACGCCAGCCCUAGUGACAGACUGAGCCGGAGGCUGGGAGCCAGCCUGCCGAACCUGGAGCAACCUGCCAGCGAUACUGGGACUGCCAUCAGCUCCAACAGACCAGCUUCCCUCAGGAAGAUGUCACCGGAUGUUGGGUUGAAGAUUCCUCAGAAAGCGGUGAAGGUUUUCCGCCUCCCAGAGUUCCCCCCUCCUCUGGCCUAUCAUUACGUCCAGAACUAUUAUUCUAACAUGGUUUCUUCGCUGGGGAAGGCUAUUAACGCUACACCACCUGAAGAGUCUGCCCUGAUGGCCAGGUACCACUACCUGCGAGGUUUGGUAAACACGGUGUCCAACAGGCGUCUGGACGCACUGGAGGACUUCCAGAGCCUUCAUAAGACCGACUCAGACAUCUUCCCUUCUCAGAUGGUUAAGUCUCUGGUUGACUCUCUGCCAGAAGCUGAAAGGUUACAGGCGGACAAACGGCCAGAACUGAAGCGGCUCAUCAGUCGGAUCAAGAGGGACCAGGAGCGGGAACAAGCGCGUGACGGCAACGGGCGUGAGGAGGAUGCCGUAAAGCGCUUCAAGCUGCCGAAAACGUAUAUGCAGCUCGAGGAGUUUGUGAAAUGUAUCCAGGAGUCCGGCAUUGUAAAAGACCAAGGAACCAUACAUAGACUCUUUGACGCUUUAACUGUAGGUCAUCAGAAGCAGGUGGGUCCAGAGUUGUUUAGAGUCUUCUACACCAUCUGGAAGGAGACUGAGGCGGAGGCACAGGAGGUGUGCUUGCCAGCGUCCGUCUCAGAGCACAUUGAGCCCAGCGAGUGUGUCUUCAAGCUGUCCUCCUCUGUCAAGACGAGCCGCGGUGUGGGGAAGAUCGCAAUGACUCAGCGACGGCUCUUCCUGCUGACCGACGGACGACCGGGAUAUGUGGAGGUGGCGCAGUACCGAGAUUUAGAGGAGGUGAAAGUGUCCUCGGCUCCCUUCCUGCUCCUGAGAAUCCCCAGCCUGAAGCUGCGUGUUCAGGGCAGGAAGGAAGCGUUCGAGGCCAAUUUGAAAACGGAGACUGAGCUAUGGAACCUGAUGGUCAAAGAGAUGUGGGCCGGGCGCAACAUGGCUGACCAACACAAGGACCCCCAGUACAUGCAGCAGGCUCUGACUAACGCCUUGUUAAUGGACGCAGUAGUGGGCAGCCUUCAGAGCAGUAAGGCCAUCUACGCUGCUUCCAAGUUGGCUCACUUUGACCGCAUCAAGAUGGAAGUGCCGAUGAUGGUCCCCAAGACAACUGCAGAGACGCUGAAGCACAAAAUCAACCCCUCGCUGGAGCUCGCCGCUCCUCAGGCUGUAGAUGUGCUUCUGUACACACCAGGUCAGUUGUGGGUGUCUGUGAGCAUGGGGAAGGUGAUGGUGUUUGAUGCCUCCAGCUGGUCCCUCACACACACCUGCCACGUUGGAAAUGCAAGACUGAACUGCAUGCUGGGAGUUGAUAAGGACCAGGUCUGGAUGGGCUCUGAGGACUCUGUUAUCUACAUCAUCAGCAUGGUGGCCAUGGUCUGUAACAGACAGCUGACUGAACACCGGGCGGAGGUCACCGGACUGUCGCUCGACACGGACAAAUACAGCCAGAAGGUGGCGUACUCCUGCAGUGCAGAGGGAAGCGUCAUGGUGUGGGACGUCUCAACACUGCAGGUGAAGAGACAAUUCCACCUUUCCUGCGACCGCCUGCAGUCAGUCUCCAGCUGCAACGGGACGCUGUGGUGCUCUUCCAGGGACAACAUAAUGGAGGUGUGGAGGAACGGUUCAUUGAAACAUCGUCUGACUUUACCAGAGCAGCAGAGAGGAGCCACAGCUACAUUCAGCUCUAUACUGCUGUUGCCUGAGAAGGAGGAGAUGUGGAGUGUUUGUGUGGACUCAGGAGAAGUGUGUAUUUGGCACUUUGAGGACAGUACCAAACCGCAUCACCGCGUGGCUCUCCAGGACUGCGCCGGAUGUUACUGCAUGAUCAAAGUUAAAAACCAGGUAUGGGUCGGCGGUGUUGGCCGCAGAUCCACCAAAGGGAAGAUCUACAUCCUGGACACAGAGCUCCACCAGGUCCUGAAGGAGCUCCACGGCCACAACGACAAGGUGACGGCACUCUGCUCUGCGGAAGACCGGUACGUCCUCAGCGGAGCUGGCAAACACGACGGAAAGGUCGCCAUCUGGAAGGUGGAGUAGAGUCGCGUCUCUGGAAAUGGACUUGUUUUGAAGUUGGAGCCAUCGCUGUGCUUAAAGUUGCUCCGGGACUCCCUGUGAACUAACACGCUGCAGAAUCUGCAAGAAACAGAGGGAAGGUCUGUGAAUUGGAAAGAAGAUUGAAUUCACGAGUCACCUCAAUGUCUCAUAGAUAUGAAGGACUCACAUGGUGGCUAUAGGAAGCACCAGGUUUACAUGUAUUGUCACCAACUGAGCAGCUCCUCCUGCCUGCUCUGUGGUGGUGUUUUGCAGUUCCAAAUACUAACAGUACUAACACGUUAUUUUUCGGGAACAUGAAGGACAAAUGAAGACUGAAAAAAGAGAAGUGGGCACAUGUUGUGCUGGUAAUUUUUUUGUUUUUGUAUCAAAAGUGCUUUUCUUUGCUGAAGAUUUGAAAAAGAAAAAGGUGUAUUAUCAUAUCAUGCCUUAUUUAAUGCUGCACCCUGUUUUAUAUUGAAUAUGAUCACACUUUUAUCACGUGGGAACAUUGUGUGACUGAGCGUUGCCGCCGACUGUGUUUUUGAGUUGAGUUUCCACAGCUCAAAGGAGUCCAACUACCCUGAAAACAAAACUCACAUGAUUGGAGAUUUCACCAUUAUGUGGGAAAGAACUUUUUUUUUCAUUUUGAUAGAAGUUGAUCUUUAAUGGACAAUGUAUCGCAAAGAGGAACGGGGAAUAUGAUGAAAGAUGAUACAUAGUUGGGAUUUGGACUCUGACAUGUGAUACUUAUGUUUCAGAGCAGCUCAAGAGAAACAAGCAUAGUCCUGCAACAACUGGAAUCUGAUGAAAACACACAAAAUAAGGACCAAACCACAGUGUUUUUCUCUCGUUAUAUUUCUUUAUCAAAUACUUACCUCAUUGUUAGACCCAUUUACAUUAUUCACAUGUUCUCUAUUUAUUUUCCUACACCAUUACACUAUAUAUAUAUAUAUAUAUAUAUAUAUAUAUAUGUGUGUGUGUGUGUGUGUGUGUGUGUGUGUGUGUGUGUGUGUGUGUGUAUAUAUACACAACUUUAAUUAUAAAGGCUUCUCAUAUGUAUUUGUGUUCUGUAGACAUUUGUGAUAUAUAUUAUAUAUGCAUUUUGUAAUUUUAUAUGGAUUUCUAACUAGUCAUUAUUUCGAUAACAUUAUUUGUAUUGUGAAACAGAAUAGACUGAAGUUUUCGUUCACAUUCCUUUCUUCUCUCCCAUUAUUUUUGGGAUUCUUGAACACUUAGUAAAGAAGUAGGCACACACAUCCUUUUUUCUGACUUGUUCAAAUUUGGUUUAGCGGGACAGAAAAACCGAUGUGCGCCUUCUUCUUUACUUUAAUGACAAAUGGGAUCAUUUGUGUUUGUAUCACCUGAGGCUCAACUUGUAUUGAUGUAUGUAUACACUGCAUAUGACUGGUGAAUGUGAACAUCAAAAACAUUCCUUUUGUAAACUAAACUGGUGACAAUGAAACAACUUAAUACUUUAUAUGACACUGUAUUAUAUCUUCAAGAUUUUCUAUUAUUCAGUGAACCAAGUAAAUACGGUUUACCACGUUAAAAAUAAUAAAAUACUUGAAAAGACGUAAUGCAACGGGUGAGGAAGUCUCAUGAGUAGAUACAGCUUCACUUUAAGGGACUACCAGUCGAAGAUUAUUGCUCCCAACAAUCCAACAAAGUCAUCUCAAAGUUGUAUGGCAUGCAUUUAUUACUGUGCCCAUACCAGAACUACAUGCUGCAUGCAAAUGAUUUGUUGGUUUAUAGUUGAAAAUGUAACUCCAUCCCUGUGUGUCUGCACUUCCCAGAGUUCACCAGAAGAGGGAGCUAUUUGAUACAGAGAGAAGUCAAUGCCAGAGCAAGUCUUCUGAUGAGAGUUGAUUGAAGUUUAGUUCCACAGAUCAGAACCCACAAUAUCAACAUAACAGAGCUAUUUCCUUUAUUAAUCAAUCUACCAAUUUUUGGUAUUGGCUAAAUUACUAACCCCUAUGUUUAUGAAAUGGAAGAACAAAGUGACAAAUCCUCAUUCGAUAAAGUGAAUAACAGCUGUGGAUAUACAAACAUGUGACUUUGUUUACUGAAAUUAAAAUAGUAUAUGUAUUGUACUCUGCGGGGAGUGUGUAGAACAGUAAGUGUUAUAUUCACGUAAAGAGCCGUUAUUCAAUAAAAUCAAUUCCUCAUUCAA